AUGCCUCCUCAAAUCAAGCAAGACCUCAACCGUUCCGGAUGGGAGUCCACCGACUUUCCCUCCGUGUGUGAAAAAUGCUUGCCAGAAAACCCAUAUGUCAGGAUCCUCAAGGAGGAUCAUGGCGAUCUAUGCAAACUGUGCACGCGGCCCUUUACCGUCUUUAGCUGGAAUGGAGAUCGCGCGCAAGGGCGCAAGAAGCGAACGAUGAUUUGCCUGAUGUGCGCGCAAGGGAAGAACUGCUGCCAGACUUGCAUGCUCGAUCUUUCCUUCGGUCUUCCGAUCGCUGUACGCGACGCCGCUCUGAAAAUGGUCGCCCCCGGGCCGCAAUCCGAUAUCAAUAGGGAAUACUUUGCGCAAAACAACGAGAAGCUCAUUAAAGAGGGCAAGGCUGGUGUGGAGGAGUACGAGAAAACGGACGAGAAGGCGCGAGAGCUCUUGCGGCGAUUAGCACAGAGCAAACCGUAUUUCCGGAAAGGACGAGCAGUUGAUGAAGCUGAGGUGGAGGCAUCCAGAGCAGUUGGAGGCAACGCGGCAGUCGGGGCUGGAGUGGGCGGACCUGGUCCGAUUCGGACCCGAGAUACUAGGGCAGCCAUCGCGGCAGGCGCGCGGACAGGUGGCAAGGGAAGAAAAGUGUUCCCAAGUGCGGCUCAGCUGCCCCCGAGCCCGCGCGACUGGCAACCACCGGCUGACAAGAAUAUCAUGUCUUUGUUUGUGACUGGCGUGGAGGACGAUCUCCCCGAGUACAAGAUUCGGGACUUCUUCAAGGUUCAUGGGAAGAUCAAGAGCCUUGUUUGUUCUCACAUGUCGCACUGCGCAUUUGUCAACUACGAAACGAGGGAGGCAGCGGAGAAAGCAGCUCUCGCAUGCCAAGGACGGACGGUCAUCGCAGGCUGCCCGCUGCGAAUACGGUGGGGUCAGCCAAAGGCUAUUGGAAACAUGGACAAGCAGGAAAGAGCGUCGAUGUUGCAUGAUGCGCGCGCGGGCCUCUCGCGGAGCAAGCCUCGCUCAAUAGAAGGCGCCUCUGCAUCUGGGCAGCAGUCCUCAGAUCAGUUAGCUAUUGCGGCACCACCAUCGGCCAUCGCGGCGCCACCUGGCGCAGAGGAUGCCCCAGCCUAUGCCAGUCUUCAAGGAGAAUGA